UGUUCUGGCCCUUAGCCGCCAGGGGUCAGUAAAGGCGCGUUGCAAAUGGCUGGUGUUGUUUUUUCCAUAUGACAGAAAUGACGAACUUUUUGCCCAAGCUGCAGUGAAGGUGUCGGAUACGCGAGUUUUCUAGCUGAUAAACUAUUUUUCCGCGAGCGCCUGUUGUUCAAUUAAGUUGGCCUAAUUUCCCCUACGCACCCCAGUGGCCGGUCCGAAAGGGUGCUUUGGUGAGACGCACGCAUUCUGCACUUUCUCCAUCCUAUCUACAGUUUAGCAAGUGACUCUGGCAAUUUCCAUCGCGGGGGUGAACACAUCAUGCUGGUGGAAAAUCAGGAGGCGCUGAAAUUGUGGCUGACAGAAAAGCUACGGCCUUUAUGCGAUGCAGACCCAGUUGCGCUGGCCAAGUAUGUGUUGGCUCUGGUCAAGAAAGAGAAGCCGGUGCCCGAGCUGCAGGCCUCCAUAGAAAACUCACUUGACGUCUUUCUUCAAAAAGAAACCAAAUCGUUUGUGAAAAUCCUGCUAGAGGCUCUAAACAACAAAAGCUACCUGGGGGAGAGCAAGGAAGAUGAGGAGGACGAACUUCUAGCCAUGAAUUCCAGCGGCUCCCCUGAGAGGAUAGAAGAGCAUAUCGUUUCAAAAACUGAAUUCCGAGAGGAAUUGAGACCUUCUAUUAAAGUAAAAGAGGAGAAAUCUGAGCCUGAAAAGCCAAAGGAAGCCUCAGAGCCGAAGAAGGACCGAGUUGAUGCCGUCGACCGGUCUGAGCGUAAGAGGCCGGCUGAGAGGCCAUCGAGAAGAGGCAGACACAGGUCGCCGUCGCCCGCCUCACGCCGCUCUCGCUCCCGAUCCAGGUCGUGGGAGGGUAGGCGAAGGUCCAGGAGUAGGGACAGGAACAGGAGGGGAAGAGAUCGAAAGAUCUCCCCCAGGAGAAGGGAUGCCAGCAGGGACCGAAGAAGUAGGUCCAAAUCCCCGGCGAGGAACCGUUCCCACUCUCCCCCGGCGGGCAAGCACCGCUCGCGCGCCUAUCGUUCUAAGUCAAAGUCGCCGGUAGCCACCGCCAAAAAGUCAGAGCCUAACUCUGGCGCCAACACGCCCACGCAGGACUCUAACCACGGCGACGUGGAUAUGCGGCUGACCACCUCGUCACAGAGCAUCCAGUCUGUUGUCGUGUCGCCCAACAAGAAGGUGGUGGCCGCCGCUCCGGCCGUCGCUUCCACUGUGGCCACCGCUGCCACCGGCAAUGUGUACAAAACUCGGUGCAGAGACUUUGACGAACAAGGGUACUGCAUGCGCGGCGACCUGUGCCAGUUCGACCACGGCGCCGACCCUGUGAUCGUGGACAACAUGCCCGGCCUGUCUUACACGCCUCAAGGUAUGCCGGUGGCCGCGAGGGGGGCGGGAGCUGCCCCCAGCGCGUUUGUCCCGAUAAGGCCACAGGCGGGACGCGGCGGCGUCCUAACCGAACAGCCUGCCCUUCCUCUAGCCACGGCUCUAGCCUCGGCCGAGUACAAUCCGGACGCGCCGAACAUGCCUUGGUUCCGGCCCGCGUUCCGAGGCAGAGGCGGACCCGGCCGCGGAUCUGCACUCCGCGCCCCCUUUGUUCCUCCACAGAGAGAACUGAUAAGUGUGCCAGUCACUGACAACUCUUCAAAGACUUCUUUCGAGCCCAGCGAGUCUUCUUCGUACGAGGGCGACCUGGCCGAGGUACUCGUUACGGAAGAGGAACCCUGUAUUUUUUCAAAGGAUUUCGAUGCUUUGCAGACGGGCCCUCCGCCUUCGAAGAAGCUGCACCUGGCAGGGCAGCAGGCGUUUGACUUCAAGCGGCUGGGCCCGCGUAAGCACUUCCCGGCCAACUGCGCUCUGGAGCUGAAGAAGGUGCCGCGUGGUCUGAACAACAUCACGCACCUUAACGACCAUUUUGCCAAGUUCGGCAAGAUCGUCAACAUUCAAGUGUGCUUUGAGGGCGACCCCGAGGCCGCUUUGGUUACCUUCUCCACGCACGCCGAGGCCAACGCCGCCAUUAAAAGUACCGAGGCUGUUCUUAACAAUAGGUUUAUCAAGAUGUUCUGGCACGGCAAGAAGCAACCAGGAUUUGAGAGCAAGCACGAAAACGUGCCCCCUGUGACUCGGAUGAGCGUCAGGGACAGACUGGGAGUGCCUUCAAACAAAGUCCUCAACCUGAUUCAGCAGAAGGCCAAGUCGGACGCUGAAUUCCUGCCAGGCGGCGAGAAAGCCGACGCCAACAGGAACGUCUACGUCCCGAGUGCCAAGAAGCCAGACCCGGCUUUGCAAGAAAAUAGCAAGGCGUUGGCUGCAGCUGCCAUAAUGAAGAACCAAGAAAUCUUGCUUGCUAAGGAAAAGCUUAAAAAAAGGCAGGAGGAGAAGAGAAAGGAGGCGCUGAAGAUGACUGCUGAUCUGCGGAAGCGGAAGCAGGAGCUGCUAGAUAUGCAGCUGACUCAGCAGAAGGUUCUGAUCGAGAAGUUGGAGAAGGGCAAGAUCACGCUGAAGCCGGUCGAGCAGAAGCAGCUGCUGGAGACAAUCAAGAGUCUGCAAGAGAGCAUCGAGACAAUCAGAAAGGACCUGGCUCCUCAGGCGGCCGUUGUCGCUGCUGCCGCCCCCGCCCCCAAAGCCAAGCUGCCGCCUCCGGUGAGGAAGACAAAGGAGGAGGUGCAGAAGGAGAUUCUCGAUGCUGAGCUUGACCUGAUCACGCACCAGCAGGAGGGCAAGGACAGUUCCGAACUUAAGCUCAAGGUGGCUGAGCUGAAGAAGGAAGCCAGCACUCUCGGCCUGAUGAAGCCUGUUGUGCCACCCCCAGUCCCGGGAAUCCAUCGAGGCGCCAUGCGCAUGCGCGGCAGGGGCAGGGGAAUGUACAGUUCUCGAUUUUGUUUUGGCAGAGGACGUGGUGCUAGGGGCAGUAUGCGCGGCGGUUUGACCAGGUUGGACCACCGGCCGACCAAGCUACUCGUGUCUGGACAUGAGAACGACGAGUGGGAAGAGGUCGUGGCGCACUUCUCCCAAUUCGGGGAAAUCAAAGAGACUGUCCCGGACCACCAGACGCCGUCGCUGGAGGUCAGUUUCCGGACACGCAAAGACGCUGAGGUGGCCCUCAUCCAGGGCAAGCACUUCAAGGACCGCACGCUGAGCGUGACCUGGGCCGUGCAGAGCGGACCGCCGAUCAUCGCAGCCACCGCAGAGUUGAACAACGCGAGCGCCGAGCCUGAGGACGAUGGACAGAACCGGGAGAAUGAGCUCGAGAAGGCAGACGCUGAGCUGGAUGAUGUGGAUACGAGUUGCAUCGAGUUGGACGAGGAAGAAAUUGAUGCUGAGGAGGAGGACGACGAGGAGCGAAGCUGGAGGCGAUAGCAAUGCGCAGCUACAGCUGAAACCUAUCUCUAAAGUUUUUUCCAUUUUGUUGUUGACGUCUUGCAGUGUUUGUGGCAAGAACCUUGGUUUAUCUUUUUGAAAGGCAAAAUGAAUUAUGUUAACACAUCCCCCGAAAAUCACAAAGUUGUAUGUAGUCCGCGGUGAAAAUGUUUGUAAUAAAUAGGUGAUCAUACUUUGUACCUAUUUUAUAAUUGAUUAUUAUCAAGUCAGUUCCUCUGUUGAUGAUCACUCGGAACGGAAUUGACUCGACAGAAGAAACGAUUUAAUAAAUUCAUCAUGCAAGCACCUUGCUUAUUGAAUUACCUAUCAA